AUGACCUCGAUCACCGCCUCUCUCCAGGCCUCGCUGCCCAAACCAAAGUAUACGGGCGAAGAUGAGGAAGAGGCCUCGCGGUCCCUGCACCGCGGCCCCCGGCCCCCGCCCUAUGGCCAACGAUCAGGCUGGCGACCACGGUCGCAGGAAGACUUUGGCGAUGGGGGCGCGUUUCCAGAGGUUCCCGUGGCCCAGUAUCCGCUAGACAUGGGCAAAAAGAGUGCCUCGACGACCAACGCCUUGGCCAUCCAGGUUGAUGCCGAGGGCAAAGUCAAGUACGAUGCCAUCGCACGCCAAGGCCACGGCGACGGCCGCAUCAUACAUACCUCGUUCAAGGAGCUCAUACCGCUGCGCCAACGCGCUGACGCCGGCGAGAUCGACUUGUCACGUCCCGACAAGGACGCGGUAGCGGCAACGACCGAGAAGACCAAGAACGCCCUCGCGGUCCUGGUCAGUGGAGCCGUCGCAUCGCAAAAGCCCAAGAAUGUCAACGUUGGACAACGGAAAGACCCUACAUUUGUGCGAUACACGCCGGCAAAUCAGAUGGGGGACAACUCGAGGAAGCAGGACCGCAUCAUGAAGAUUGUCGAGCGGCAAAGAGAUCCGAUGGAGCCCCCCAAGUUCAAGCACAAGAAGAUUCCUCGAGGCCCACCCUCCCCCCCGCCUCCUGUUAUGCACUCGCCCCCUCGAAAACUUACAGCCGAGGACCAAGAAAUGUGGAAGAUCCCGCCGCCCGUCUCCAACUGGAAGAACCCCAAGGGUUUCACGGUGCCUUUGGACAAGCGCCUGGCCGCGGACGGACGCGGACUGCAGGAUAUCGCCAUCAACGACAAGCAUGCCCAGUUUGCCGAGGCCGUCAAAAUGGCAGAACGACACGCGCGCGAGGAAGUGCAGCAGCGAGCCAUGAUGCAGCAGAGACUGGCGGAGAAGGAGAAGGCGCAAAAGGAGGACAACCUUCGAUCUCUGGCACAAAAGGCACGAGAGGAGCGCGCUGGGGCAAGUCGUGGUCGCCGGGACUCGAGGACCUCGCGGGAUUCGCGAUCACGCGAGAGUUCAGAUGUCCGAGAGCGAGAAAAGGCCAGACGGGAGCGCAGGAAGGAGGAAGAGAGGAAGCUGCGGCAAAAUCGCAUGGGCGCAGAACGCCGGAUACAAGUCAUGGCUCGGGAGCAGAACCGAGACAUUUCCGAGAGGAUUGCCCUGGGGCUAGCAAAGCCGACACAGGCAAAGGAGACCAUGUACGAUUCGCGGCUAUUCAACCAGUCAAGCGGAUUCGACAGCGGGUUCAACGAGGACAACCCAUUCGAUAAGCCUCUCUUUGCAGCCCAGGAGGCCAUCAGCAGCAUCUACCGGCCGCGGGCGAACUUGGAGGAGGACGAGGCCGAAGCUGGUGAGCAGGAAAUGGCAAAGAUUCAAAAGGUUAGCCGGUUUGGGGAGGCAUUGGGCAAGGGGACGUUUAAGGGGGCGGCCGAGGUCGAGGCGCGUGAGGGUCCCGUCCAGUUUGAAAAAGAGACUGCGGAUCCUUUCAACGUGGACAAGUUCCUGUCCGAGGUGGACCAGAGCUCGUCGUCGAAGCGCGGGUACGGACUGCAGGAGGAAGGAGAUCGGCAAUCCAAGCGUCCACGAGUGGAGGACGACGACGAUGGCUGA